UCAGAGUAUAACCACGUCUGGUUGUACUUGUCUUAUGCUGUUUUGUCUAUAAGUAGUUAAGUUCUAGUUUUCUUUGUUAUUGUAUUUUUCUUUUCUACUCUUAAACAAGUACAUUAUGGACUUAACUCAGCAAAUGCUCAAGAAGAAGUUGAAGAAGAGGCGCUCAACACUGUUCGCAAGCCUGAGGCUGGGUGACAGCUUUGCAAAUAGCACUGAUGAGGAGGAGAGCGCCUUUCCCUUUUCACAGGACAGCUCGGUAAAGCCAUGGAAUUCCAUGGAGAACCUGGACAGUCCAGUACCAGCUGGUGAAGGACGAGGGAAGGGAAAGGUUAAAGAGACAGGGCAGCCUCCGUCAAGGCCAGUGAACAUGAUAAACAUCAAUGUUGGGGGCAAAGUCUUCCACAUUGCUAAGAACAUUGCUGUCCGAUACCCCCAAUCUCGAAUUGGCUCGCUGGCCUUGUGCACCGAUCGAGUCAAGCAACUGACACUCUGUGAUGACUACUCGGUGCUCACAAAUGAGUUCUUCUUUGACCGUGAUCCUGCGUUCUUUUACUACAUCUUCCACUUCUACCGCAGUGGAGUGCUGUGGGUGAUGGAGGAACUUUGUCCCAUUAAUUUCGAAGAGGAGAUGGAAUACUGGGGUCUUAGCAUGAAGGACACUCAGAGGUGCUGCCGCAUUCUUUUUGAGGAGAAGGUGGAUGAGAUUAAGGACUACCUUAAAGUUGAAAGGGAGCUCAUGGCAGAAAUAGAGCCCAAACAUGAUGAGGAGGGCUUCAAGCGCAUGUUCUUAGGUAGUUUCCGAAAGACUUUAUGGGACUUGAUAGAGAACCCUUACUCUUCGCUGGCUGCUAAAUCAUUUGCAGUCUUUUCUAGCCUAUUUGUGCUCAUCUCAAUUGUAGCUAUGACACUCAACACUGUUACAGAAUUGAAGAGCUGCACUAUAUAUGGCAAGACUUACAUGGAAUGUGUGGAGAUUGUCUCUAUCCUCUUCUUUACCUUUGAGUAUUUCCUACGCCUAUUUACAACAUGUGACAUUAAAAGCUUUCUGAAAAGUGCACUCAACUUUGUUGAUCUGGUGGCUGUCAUGCCUUAUUUUAUCCAGUUGAUUUUUGAGGCCUUUGCCAACCAGGAAGAUCUGAGUGUUCAGGAGGAUUUGCAGACCAUGGCACGAGUUAGUAAAGUCAGCAAAGUGCUCAAGGUCGUAAAGCUCAUGAGAAUCUUUCGCAUCCUCAAACUGGCACGACACUCAACUGGUAUGAGGGCAUUUGGGUUUACUAUUCGUCAGUGCUACCAACAGGUCUGCUGCCUGUUCCUCUUCAUAGCCAUGGGCAUCUUUACCUUCUCUGCCCUCUUGCAUUCUGUGGAGCAUGAUGUUGCUGGGACCCCCUUCAGUAGCAUUCCUGAUGCUUGGUGGUGGGCUGCGGUGAGCAUCUCAACGGUGGGCUAUGGCGAUGUGGUGCCCGUGUCCUUCCUGGGUCGGGUGGUUGCAUUCGGCUGUAUCUCCUUCGGUAUCAUUCUGAAUGGCAUGCCUAUCUCCAUCCUCUUCAACAAGUUUUCUGACUACUAUGCCAAGCUGAAAGCCCAGGAGUACACAAACACCAAGGUACAGCGCAGCUUGAAGCUGAAGGCCCGCUUGCGACGCAAGCUCGACAUGUGCUUCCAACCCCACUCUGAAGAGUCGGAUGGUGACAUCGAGCCUUCGUGCCAGCACUAACAACCCCCAGCACCCUCCGUUGCCUCACCAUAGGCAUCUCUGCUGAGCCAUUCUGGAGAAAAGACAUGAUGGAAAAAAGGCCCUUCUGGCAUCAGUGAAGGGUGGAUGGCUGGUGAGCUAUGGUGGGAUGUGGAGGAAUAUGCCAGUGU